GCCUCUAGCCGCUCUGCACCAUGCCCAAGGACAAGAAGAAACGCGCGCGCAACGUGGGCACCGCCUCGGCCGCGCAGAAUGCGCUGGGCCGCACGCUGGCCACGCCCAACACGAACCUGGGCCAGCAUUUCCUGAAAAACCCCAUGAUCGUGACGCAGAUCGUGGCCAAGGCCGCCAUCCGCGGCACGGACGUGUGUCUGGAGGUCGGUCCCGGUACCGGUAACCUGACGGUGAAACUUCUGGAGCAGGCCAAGCGCGUGGUGGCCGUGGAGUUCGACCCACGAAUGGUGGCGGAGCUGCAGAAGCGCAUCCAGCACACGGAGCACAUCAACCACCUGCAGAUCAUCCACGGCGACGUCAUGCGCGUGCAGCUGCCCUUCUUCGACGUGUGCGUGGCCAACCUGCCGUACCAGAUCUCGUCGCCCUUCGUAUUCAAGCUGCUGGCCCACCGCCCCAUGUUCCGCUGCGCCGUCGUCAUGUUCCAGGAGGAGUUCGCCAAGCGCCUCAGCGCCAAGCCUGGCGACGAGCUGUACUGCCGUUUGUCGGUGAACACGCAGUUGCUCGCCAAGGUGGACCAGCUGCUGAAGGUCGGACGCAACAACUUCCGUCCGCCGCCCAAGGUCGAGUCGCGUGUGGUUCGCAUUGAGCCGCGCAACCCUCCGCCGCCGGUCAACUUUACGGAGUGGGAUGGUAUGAUUAAGAUCAUCUUCAACCGUAAGAACAAGACGCUGCACUCGUGCUUUGUCACCAAGUCGGUGCUGAAGAUCUUGGAGGAGAACUACAAGACGUACUGCUCGCUGAACAACGAGCUUCCGGAAGGCGACAUCGACAUGAAGAAGAAGGUGGAAGAGGUGCUGGCUUUCGAGAAGUUUGGCGAGAAGCGCGGUGCCAAGAUGGACCAGGACGAUUUCUUGCUGCUGCUGGAGCGGUUCAACGCCAACAAAAUCCACUUUUCCUAG